AUGGCAGCAACAACAGAAUUGACGGACUCGCGGUUAAUGUCCGUCAAAACUGCUGUCAAAUCGACUACGACCUGUACGACAUCAACACUAACGUCUCUACAAUCAUUACUACAACCUACGCCGCCAGCAAGUGAGAAGACCAAAACAGUCAGAAGAACGCGGACAUCUGCUUCCAGCAAGUCUGUUACGCGCACCCAAUCCACCAGAUCGCGCAAUCCUCCAACCACAGCCAAGGUAGACGUGUCGCAACCUACGGCCGUUGUUCAAGAUGGAGAAGGGUUAUCGAUACAACAGAGACUUGUCUUAGCUACCGAAGUCUUCAAUACAGCUUCCAAAGCAUUGUCGGAUGCUUUACAACGAAAAGCGCCCUCGAAAAGUCCUUUGCAACCCACCUCCCCUAAUCAACUCGUGUCGUCCCCGAAGAAACCGUCGACCAAACCACCAAAGCCAACGCCGACCGUCAACGGAUCGCCUGAAAAUAAUGUAAUUGCGACUGCUGAAUGUGCAAUACUUGCGCUUACAACUCUACGAAAUUUAAAAGGCGAAAGGUCUUCCAAAAUCGAUAGCGCGAAUUUACAGCUUGAACAAGGUGCAUGUAUAUUGGCAGGAAGGUUGAUAGCACUAGGAGCCAAUGAGCUGGCUUAUAGGGAACUGAGGGCCUUGAAGAGACGAUUGCAGGAGAUCAUCCUACUCCUACCUACGAAGACUUCGAAGGAUCGUUCCAAUCAAGAUGUCAAAGCAGACUCCGCAAGGGAGACGACGGCAGAGCUAUUGACAUUCUCACACAUUGAAUCUGCAGGCCCGGUUUUGGCUUUGCUAGUCUCAUUCCAAUCCCAUGUAUUGAAACUGAUUGCAGCGGAAAGGAAGAUUCUGACAGUUGAAAAGAUGUGCCGAGCUUUAUCCACAUCCAAUCCAAGCAGCCCUGCUGGGAUUAUUGUGCGUUCUCUAGAGGCCGGACGCCUUAACAAAGACAAGGCCGCCAUCCAGUUACUAUCGUCUUCUAACACCAUACUCUCUUUGUCGUCUAUAGUACAGAAGGCAGCCGUCUCAUCAGCCGACCUGACGACAACCCGCAGCACACGACAUUUUUCAGCCCUUACUUUACAGCUGGUAUCAAUGGAGUACCGAAUUAUGUCAUGGGAGCUUUCCGGUCAUACAGGCGACUCGAAACGUGAAUUUCUGGAUCCUCUAUCGCGCUUCCUUGAUGCUUAUGCCAACUCGGACCCAAUAAUCGAUUCUUCGGCGUUCACGGCACUCGACACAACUGUGCAACGAUUGCAGUCUAGGAUUGCAAAAUGCCAAAUGAAAGGGCCUACUUAUUCUUGGAAGGUUUCAUACAGUCUUGGGAAGAUCGCCCAAGAAGCUUCAUGCUUAAAAGAAGCCUUGAAACACUUAUCGUCUGUGACUGAAAAAAUAACAAAGGAAGAUCCCAUGGCGUUGAGCCUGACUCAAUGCAGAAUCGCCAUUGUUUACCUAUACAUGUUCAAGAACAACAAAUUUUACCCAUCGGUGGUGGAAUCUCUUGCAACUGCAGCUUUGGGAUUAAACUCCGCUAACAGAGGUAGUGCUAGCGACCUGGAAGCGCUGCUCGUGGAAUCGGCCCGGUUGAAGAAAAUAGCCAUGGCGAAACUUGGUGGGCUUCUUUCUUCAGACGAAAACCUUCCCAAGGGAAUGCUCAUGUCUACAAUGGAUUUUCUUCAUGCAUUUAUACGUUUUCUAAGACGCUAUAUCGGUCGCCAGCAACCAAAUGCCGUGGAAGGUGAGACGGAUGUACAGAUGCAAGGACUAAUCAAUGCGAAAAAUAUUAUCAUCACUGCUGCAGAGUCUGCAAUUGCCUUGGGCAAGAUGUCACUUUUGAAUCAAUUGCCACCAUGGGGGGAUCUACAGCCGGUUUUCUCGGAUUCCGCACGAUUACUUAACAGUUUUGAACAAUUUGAUGUGGAUGAUACAGGAGAAGGACUUGAUUGGCGGGCUACACUUGUGAAACUAUCGAACCUCUUUUGGUCUCGCUACCUCAAGAGAAAGGACUCAGGUGCAGGACACGAAGAGUUAAUCCCAUUGUUGGAUCAGUCUAUUGGCCUAUUGCAAGGGUGCCCUAUAUCGCAAAGGGUCACUGGGUUUACCACUUUGAAGCUGGAACGAUUGGCUCAUCUCUACCUGGAUGCAAGAAUGGGUGCCAAAUCCAUCACCAGCUUUGAGAGGUCUAUACAAGAAUACAUCGAUGCCGGCACACUUGAACAACAAAUAGCAUAUCUCUCAGGCAAGCCGCCUCAUGCUUUUCUCCAGGAUUCCAAGAGCCCAGGCUUUAACCUCACGCGGGUCCUGUCUUCUUAUCUUAAAAUGCAACUUCGCAGGCCGACGAACGAUGACAUCAGCAUCUUUGAAGGCAAGCAGUUAGAUGUCAAUACUCGAGGCUUCCUCUUAGAGUGGCAGCUGGGUUUACUCGCGGAUUUCCCUAGCCAUGACCUGGCUAGUGAGAAGUUCAACAACAUGUUUCAAGAACUACUUUCGGAAAUCCUGUCGCUCUACUCCAGUGACCAGUAUCUAGUCCGCCGUCUACGUGUUGUACGAUUAGUGCUUCGCUUUUCACUCGACCAUCCAGAUUCACUUGAAACGACAGUCAUCGAAUCUCUAACCCAAGAUGCUCACUUGCAUCUAUCGAAAUUUUCAGACGCACAACGUGGUCCAUAUGCACCAUUUGUCACAAACUCCCUGAAACUGUUACUCUUGCUCCGCGAAGGUGACGUGAAAGAAAAAGACCUUCAAGAAAUUAUAGCCUUUUGGGCUUCGACAAUACGGGACUGCACAGACUGGAAAUCUAUUCAGUCUGUCAUCGAUGAUUAUGAUAUUCUGCUUGCUCAAGCACAAGCAGCUUCGGAUUAUCUAGAAGCGCGUGGAUAUUGGAAACUACAAUUAGCUGCAUCUGAGAUCAGUCUUCGUAUCUACGAAGUACAAGAGGCCCGAGACAGCUCUUCUCUGAUUCUAGCUCUAUCAAGAUGUGCUUUGCAGUAUUCUCGGCUUGGAGACCACAAAGCAGCUCUUGAUCUCCUCGAUCGUGCUAAGCAACGUGUGACCAUUGGCGAGGCUUCAUGUUAUGCAGCCAUAACUUACCAACUGGCACUUGCGGAAUACAACAUGGAAAUUAACAACAUUGAUAACGCUGAGAAAGCACUUCAAGACGGUCAAGAGCUCUUCCGCAGCAAAGAAGCCAAGAAGGAAGUUCAAGCUAGUCGCAGUCACUCCAAGAUCGCAUGGGAGCGACUGAUUGUUGAUGGGGCUCUGCUCUACUCUCGCCUAGCCGAUCAACAAAGGAGUUUGAGAGAAGCGUUAUACUAUGGCAAAUUAGCUGUUCGACUAAGCACACGCCUAUGGACCAAGCUGGAACGUUCGGCUGGAAGGAAGAAGGAGUCGGGACAGUCAGCAGACAGAGUGUCAGAUGUGGACCUUGUCAUUGAUGGCGUUGCAAAUAUCGACCUCUCCGCUAGUGCGACGCCGAUUAUGUGGACAUAUGCUCAAGGCGCGGUCUUUUGGAAGCAUGUAGCCUCGCAUAACGCGUGUUUCUUGAACCUCAUGCGUCUUUCAGCCUAUAAUGGUCUGUUCCAGGAUGCCAUUUACUACGGCGAACAAGCACUCAAGGUGAACGAAACCCUAGGUAUUUCGGUCCGCCUACUUACAUGUCAAGCUGAGCUUGGCCUGGAGUGGAUUAGAGGCAAUCAUCUGAUAGACGCCAAGACUGUUCUCGACGCUGCCACAAAGAUAUCAGAAGUAUUAAUUAACAGCGUGGAAACCGUGAAGCUAAAAAUAAGCCAAGCUGCCUUGAGUAGAUCUCAAGGAAACUACAAAGAGGUUUUACGUCUCCUUCACGAAGCUGAAGUUAUGCUUGAUCGAGUCUCUGAAAUUCGGCUUGACCACUCAAUCGAUAUCAAAUCAUCCGUCGCUGCGAUUGAAGAAAAAAUGUCUCUUUUGAAAAUACGCCAAGCUAGCGUGCAGAGGGAAGCCAAGAAGAUGGGUCCCCGGACAACACGGAAAACCAAAGCAGUGCCCAAAUCGACCGAAAUUGAGGAGAGUAGAGUCACGCCAGCAGUUAAAGCCCAACCUCGGUCUUAUAUUGCAUUGCGGAACGAAAUCAUCAGACAGCAGAUCCAUGCUUUGUUAGCUGUUGAAGAUCUCGAUGGAGCUUCUCGUUUGCUAAAGGUCGUCAGGGAGUCCUGCUCUUCCAUGGCUACGCAAAUUUCCAUACAGAUCGAAGAAACGGAGCACUUACUUGCUGACGCCAUGAAGAGUAUCGCUGCACAUGCAGUAUAUUGUGUUUUACCCGAAUCGACUCUAUCCAUGCCUUCAAUCGAAGCGGUGAUUUCAGCUACGAAAGCGGCAGUUGCUAGAAGCAAGACUCCAGUCGCAAGAAAAGGAAAGUCGACAGCCAAAGAAAUGCCUGGUCGUGCUACAAAGGUUACAAAGGAAGUUGAUGUUGCUGAUAUCAUGUCUCGAGCGAGAAACGCCAUCAGCAUCACAGUCAAAGAUGCUGUUUCUACCGGGUCAACAGUCGAAGGUCAUACUGCUUCGAGUCUCAUGGGUCGUGUCUCAAUGCUUUCACACGUAACGACACCGGGGCUUGCCGAUGAAGAUAUUCUGGCCCCGGUAAAUGCCAAUGAACUCGGCCGUAUUACUGCCUUUGAUCGUGAGCGUCUUGCAAUCUCUAUCGACAAGAGUCUUUCUGGCUACUCUGACCCAAUGGCCUGGCCUGAAAAUGUGCUAUCUGACAACAGAGAGCAGGCGGACGUUAUUGCCAACUUCACACAAGAUUAUGUGGACAUUCUACCUGAUGCCUGGAAUGUCUUGUCCAUCUCGCUGAAUCCUGACCGCACUGAAUUUAUUAUUUCUCGGAUGUCCCAUGGCAGUUCUCCAUUUUUACUCCGGCUGCCACUCAAACGAAGCGAGGAGGAUAACCAAGAUGAGGAUGACUUUACUUUUGACUGGGGCAAGAAUGAAAUGAAGGAGAUCAUCGCACUUGCAAACGCCAGUGCCCACGAUGCGAAAACUCGUAUAGACAAAAACUCGAAGAAACAAUGGUGGGCUACUCGUGAGUCUCUUGAUCGUCGACUCGAAACUCUCUUGGACAACAUGGAGAACAUAUGGCUAGGGGGUUUCCGUGGUAUCUUUGACACCUUUCCUCGAAACUCGAAGGUUUUGACGCAAUUUUCAAGUUCAUUCGAAAAGGUGCUAAACAAACACCUACCGUCAAGAAGAAAGUCGAAAGACAAAAAGGAAAAAAUCAAAGUUCAUGAGAACGUACUCAGCCUGUUCAUUGGCCUUCGGGACCUCGAUAAACAAGAAAAUCCCGAAGACUCGGUUUUGGACCUGCUCUAUUUCGUUGUCGACAUUCUUCAAUUCCAAGGCGAGCGCAAUGCGUAUGACGAGAUUGACUUUGAUAUGAUGGUCAUUGACACACUUGACAUAUUGAACAGCUUACACUCUACCAGUCCGAGCGAGUUGGUGCGACCUAAUCAUACGAUUCUGAUAUUGGACAAGUCGUUACAUUCUUUCCCCUGGGAGUCGUUGCCAUGUUUGCAUGGACUUCCUGUAUCUCGUAUGCCUUCGUUGGAAUGUUUGCGAAAGAGGAUUAUUCAUUUCAGAUCGUUGGUCGAUUCAUCAGACGUGGCCUUUGAGGUCAAUCGUCACAAUGGACACUUCAUCCUGAAUCCGAGUGGGGACUUGAAAACAACGCAAAGCACGUUUGAGGAAGAGCUGGCUCAUCGAGAAGGCUGGUCGGCUGUCAUUGGACGGACACCAUCUGAGGAAGAGUUCAAAGCUGGUCUAGAGGAAAAGGAUAUUUUCCUUUACUUUGGUCAUGGAAGUGGCGCUCAAUACAUCCGAGGACGCACAAUCAAGCGAUUGGAUAGAUGUGCAGUCGCCUUCCUUAUGGGCUGUAGCAGCGGAUGUCUUGCUGAAGCCGGCGAAUUGGAACCAUAUGGCACACCGAUGAACUAUAUGCAAGCCGGAUCGCCAGCUCUUGUUGCUACAUUAUGGGAUGUGACGGACAAGGAUAUUGAUAGGUUUGCGAAAAGCACCUUUCAGCAGUGGGGGUUGAUACCGGGGGAUGAAGAUGGCAGUGAAAAGGGGAAGGGCAAGAAGAAGCCUACUAAAGGGAAGGAAGUUGAUUUGAGUGAUGGGUCGAGCAAUGGACUUGAUGAAGCAGUUGCACGAUCACGUAGCUCUUGUUUGUUGAAGUAUUUGAAUGGAGCGGCGCCUGUGAUUUAUGGUAUUCCUGUAUAUCUUAGCAAGUGA